GAGGCACGCAAACAAACACAUCGCGGGUAACUCGACCACUCGUCCCUCCCUCUCGUCUCGAUUCCCGAAGCUUCCCGCCGAAGAAUGUCCCGGUGUAUGCCCCUCGCCGCGGCGCCCGUCGGCGGCGGCCGGUUCCCUCUGUCUUCCCUCCGCUGCCGCCGCCUUCGAGGGAGAUCAGUACGGGCAGACGCCUCCCCGGAGGCCGAGACGCGGCGGCGGAAGAAGGUCGCCGUCGCCGGGGCGGGCUGGGCGGGCCUCGCCGCGGCGCAUCACCUCGUCAAACAGGGAUACGAGGUCACGCUUCUGGGGGCGGAUAGCGGCCCAACCGAGGAGGUUGGUCUCAGAGGGUUCUGGUAUCCAUACCGUAACAUUUUCUCGUUGGUGGAUGAGCUGGGCAUCUCGCCUUUCACAGGGUCGACUAAAGCUGCAUACUACUCAUCGCAAGGGCUUGCGGUGGAAUUUCCCAUUUUUCAUGACCAGCCCCGAUUACCAGCACCCUUUGGAAUGCUAGCAUAUCCAGAAUUCCCCAGUCUUCCUUUAAUUGAUAGGUUGACGUCAGUUCCUGUCAUGACAGCAGUCAUUGAUUUUGACAACACAGACACUGCUUGGAUGAAAUAUGAUGCAAUGAGUGCAAGAGAGCUGUUUAAGAUGUUUGGUUGCUCUCAGAAACUCUACAAAGAAGUUUUUCAACCAGCAAUUCAGGCUGCCCUGUUUGCUCCAGGGGAGCAAUGCAGUGCAGCUGCAACACUGGGGAUGCUGUAUUAUUAUAUGCUCUCUCAUCAGGAAAACUCUGAUUUUUUGUUGUGCCGUGGGGAAGUGGAAGACAAAAUUUUCUCUCCUUGGUUGAAAUCAUUGGAAUUAAAAGGAUUAAAAUUCCAUGGGAACAAAGUUCCUACAAGUUUGGCCAUAAAUAAGGACACUUCACAUGUCUCUGGAAUUGUCUGUGGAGAGGAGUUACAUGAAGCAGAUGCAUUUGUUUUGGCUACAGGACUGUCUUCACUACAAUGUAUUAUCAAGAACAGUCCAUUUCUACAGUCUCAGCAAGAAUUCACUAAUCUUCUUCAUCUGUCCACAAUUGAUGUGAUCUCUGUAAAGUUAUGGUUUGAUAAAAAGAUCACAAUUCCAAAGGUUGCCAAUGUUUGUUCUGGCCUUGAUGAUCCAUCUGGCUGGACAUUCUUUGACCUUACUUCAAUUUAUGAGGAUUAUGCUGACAAAUCAACAACAGUUGUGGAGGCUGAAUUUUACAAUGCUAUCCAUUUGUUGCCACUGAAUGACAAGCAGAUCGUUUCUGAGGCUUCAUCGCGCCUUAUCAAAUGCAUACAAGAUUUUGAGGGUGCUACCGUGAUUCAACACUUGAUCAGAAGAUCUCCUAAAUCUGCAAUGCACUUCCUUCCAGGUUCUUACAAGUACACAUUGCGAGGAUCAACUACCUUACCAAAUUUGUUUAUUGGUGGUGAUUGGAUAGUGAACCGACAUGGGUCCUUUUCAAAGGAAAAGGCAUAUGUGACUGGACUCGAAGCUGCUAAUAGGGUGGUGGACUAUUUUGGUGAUGGUGACUUUGCAAAAAUAAUUGCAGUUGAAGAAGAUGAGCCUCAUAUAGAGACAGCACGCAAUCUCAACAGAAGAGCCAAUGAAUUGAAGACUCAGAUUCCUUUCUCGGAGUUCUUUCUCAAAUGAUAUAAUUGGGAUUGUUUCAGUAUGAC